CAGCUAACGGGACUCCAUUUAAUCCCCGGGUUCUCAGACUAAAAUCAUGCGCAAGUUCAAACAACGAAGAAGAAAGCUAAAAUCCAGAACCAAAAGAUUAUUCAGAAAAAAAGAAACCUCUCACAUUCAAUCCAAGCUAAUUAUAUCCCCACCUCCACCACCUUCACCUGAAAGAGUGGUUAUUUCUUCAGUAGAUAUACCCCUUAGCAGAAGCUGGCUAAGAUCAUCCUGGAACUUCAAAUUUCCCAGCAUCAAAGAUACAAUAAAACUUUGGGUUAAUAGAGUAUGGUCUCUGUACAACUGGUGCCAGCACUGUAUAGCCCAGAGUUUAGAAGUACUCAAAGAUGCUAUCUUUCCAUCUCGUUUCUGCCACCGAGAACUUCACAGUCUCAAACAACGGUUUUGCAUUUUGGAAAGUGAAUUAUGCAAACUCCAGGAAGCACUGAAGACCAUCUCAGAAAAUUCUCCCUGUUCAACUUGUGGUCAAAUAUGUCACAUGAGUGGUCAAUUCAUAAAUGUUCCUGCCAAUGCUGUAACCACCCCUGGAGAAUCCUGCACUGUUCUUCCUCCCACCCUACCACAGCCAGCCAGCCUUCUUCCUCCUCCUCCACCUCCACCCCCUCCACCACCCCCACUCCCUCCUCCUCCAGCACCUAUAGCUCCUUUGCUGCUCAGAAAAACCAAUCUCACCAAAGCACUUCAGGCUGGACCAUUAAAAAAAGAUGCACCAAUGCAGAUAACAGUUAAAGAUUUACUUACUGUGAAAUUGAAGAAGACACAGAAUUUUGAUGAAAGGAAGAAGCUUGUAACAUCACCAACGGCACGGAAUCCACUAGUUACUGUCUCCGACCUGCAACAGGUUACCCUGAAACCCAGCUCCAAAAUGUUAUCUACUCGAGUUACAAAUGUCUUAAUUACUCCUAGUAAGAGUCAAAUAGAUCUGCGGAAACUACUUAGGAAAGUUGAUGUGGAGAGAAGCCCAGGUGGAACACCACUUACCAAUAAAGAAAAUAUGGAAACAGGAACUGGAUUGACCCCAGUAAUGACCCGAGCCUUGAAGAAAAAAUUUCAACUGGCUCAUCCUAGAAGUCCAACUCAAACUGUGCCACUCUCCACAGGCAACUUUGACCUAUAA